GUUAAGCAGCACCCCCCCCCCCACACACACACACACACACACGAGUGAGCGCGCGGACCUAGUCAAUGGUUUGGUGGAGUUUCCGGUUGUCUCGCAGUCUCGUGUGUGUUGACUGACGUCGGGGCUCUCGCGUAACGCGGAAACUAGCCCAGUGUGACUGUUGGAGACUGCGCAGAGGAUCAAUAAUCACUUAUCGAUGACCGGUUGGCGGUGUGAAGUCAUACACGACGCCAGGUGGAGGUGAGCUGAAGGUCUGGUUUAAGGACUAAGGACUGGAUCCUGGGCUGACUCAGACUGAGAGAUGCAGCUGUCGAACGGAAAGACGUUGACCCUGAUCCUGCUGUCGGCCCUGCUGCUGGGAGUGCUGUACUGCUACAUCUCCCAGUCCUACAGAGUAGUGUCGCUGGGUUCAGUGUGGGAGGAGAUAACAGCUGAUGGCAGAUCUGAAGUUCACAUUGAGAGUCAUCACCUGGUGGCUCCUGACAGGAAGCUGGUGAGCAGCGAGCAUCUGCAGUACAAACAACCGAGCAUCGUGAGCGGUCGUACUGACGUGGUGGCGGUGACGCCGUGGUUGGCUCCUGUGGUCUGGGAGGGAACCUUUAACCCGGUACUCCUCGACAGCAUCUACAAACCUCAGAACAUCAGCAUCGCAGUCACCGUGUUCGCUGUCGGGAAGUACGUCAUGUUCCUGAAAGACUUCCUGGAGACUGCAGAACAGCACUUCUUCAUUGGUUUCAACGUGCACGUUUACGUCUUCACCGACCAGCCCACCAAGGUGCCCCAAGUCAAAAUGGCCGCCGGCAGACAGCUGACGGUGUGCUCGGUGCCCAGCUCCAAGCGUUGGCAGGAGAUCUCCGCUCGCAGGAUGGAGCUCAUCCAGACGCUGAUCGAGGAGAAACUUCAGAACCGCAACGAUUUCAUCUUCUGUCUGGACGUGGACUCCAAGUUCCACGGCCGCUGGGGCACCGAGUCCCUGAGCGGACUGGUCGCUGUGAUCCAUCCAGGUUACUACAGGGAUGACCGCAGCCGGUUCCCCUAUGAGCGGAGGCCCGAGUCCAGAGCCUAUGUUGGUCCUGGUCAGGGGGACUUCUACUACUGUGGGGGGGCGUUCGGAGGCCUCCUGCAGGAAGUCCACCAGCUCGCCAAAACCUGCCGCUCCAACUUCGAGGCUGAUGCCAAGGAAGGCAUCGAGGCUGCCUGGCAGGAGGAGAGUCACCUGAACAGGUACAUGUGGAUCAACAAACCCAGUAAGGUGCUGUCACCUGAGUACCUGUGGCAGGACUUCAAACCCAGGAACCCCGAGGUCUACAUCGUCAGGUUCUCCGGAGUCGUCAAGAACUACGCUGAGAUCCGACCCAACGUCUGACAGUCCAGACUGAACUGGACUGGACUGAACUGAACCGGUUUGAAAGGGUUUGGAAAAUCCACACACCUGGUUUGCACCUGUCUCUAUCCCCUGAGGCUUACCCACAAUCCACCUCUUCGCCUGGUCUCUUGCUGUCAAUCAAGAUUGAACACUGAUCACUACAGACUCAGGACCUUCAGCUAACUUCGGCUCUAUUGAGCGUGUGCAGCUCUUAGACCAACAAUCACACUGUCGACCCCGCCCACACUAGCACCUGCUUCUACCUGUGCAACAGCGUGUGCUCUUAUCCCACGAGUCGGUAUUCUCCGUUUGAUCUGUCUCAGAAUAAACAGAUUUAUUUUCAUAA